GUCUAUGCUUGCAGAUGCAAAUUAAAAAAGCAACAAGAAACAUUACAAAACUGUCAAAAUGUCGGUCAACCAAAUGCAUCUCGCUAAUAUUGAUACGAAAAAAAAUGAUAAAAAUUUAAAACCUUUAUUUCCUAAACAAGCGGAGUGCUCUUAUGUGUCCUGCUAUUGUGAAGAAAAUGUUUGGAAGCUUUGUCAAGAUGUAUCAGUAAGAGUCCCUGAAGAAUUGGAUAGAUGCUUUGUUGUUUUUAUUUCCAACCCUUGCCGUACCGUCCCCUUGUGGAAACAAAGGGCUGGGCGCGAAGAGGAUCGUCUCGUCAUAUGGGAUUAUCAUGUUAUAUUCUUAUAUUCCAUUGAUUCAAAAACAUGCCUUGUGUAUGAUUUAGAUUCAGAGCUUCCAUUCCCAACAUUCUUCCAUAAAUAUGUCACAGAAACCUUCCGUACUGACCAAGUACUUAAAUCUGAUUUUCACAGGUUCUUUAGAGUGGUGGGAGCAAAAAGCUUUUUGCAACAUUUCUCUUCGGACAGACGUCACAUGAAGCGACCAGAUGGAUCUUGGAUUAAACCUCCACCACCAUAUCCUGCUAUAAGCACCUCAGCAUCCACACACAAUUUAGAUGAGUACAUUAACAUGGACGCAGACACUGGCCCAGGACAGGUUUUCAAUCUCACAGAUUUUGUACAACGAUUCUAUAAGAUAGACAAGUGAAAGUCCAAAUUAUAUGUUAGAUAGAUAAAUAUUAUUUAUAAUAAUUUAUAAGCAAAUAUUUUGUUGCUUGUUUUGUUGAUUAUGUUUUAAUAAUCCUUAAUUUUUUGUAUUUCCUAUAAUGUUAACAUAUUUAUGUUUUAAUAUUCAUGGAUGUUUGAACUUAGUUGGACUUAAACUGCUUUGAUAAUAUUGAAUGUUGAGUUUGAUAUUACAUAAUAUAUUAUAACAUAUAAAUCUAAUACUUACUUAUAGUAUUUUGGAAGUUUUGACAAAUAAAAAUUCAAAUAUUUAUUGAUAAUUUCAUAUUGUUACAUUUUUCCAACUUUUUAUUGUUAUUUUAUUCUACGAAUAUAUAUUAUAUAGAUUAAUAAUUUUACAAAACUCCAAAAUGUAUAUUUUCAUUGAAUAAUUAAGUGAUUUUUACAAGUAAUAGCACCGAUACUUAAAUAUUUUACUAUUCACACCCUCAAUAUGUGAUUUUACGCACAAUCACUUAUUUUUACAAUAAAAUAUGUAAUUGUAUAAGGCCAGUAAAAAUUAUAUGUAGACGUCUUAUUACGAAGUUAGCGUUAUUUAAAAAUCUUCCAAAAGUUAAAAAAAAAAAAUUUGUUAUUGCAUUUUACAUACGAGUUAUAAUCAAAAUAUCCUACAUAGUUAUUAAAAUGUUAUAUUAAAUCCUUUUUGCUCUGUUGUUAAAGUUGAAAAUAAAUCUCAAUUUCUCUUUAAUAAUAGUACAAGAUAAAAUAUAUGAAUAAAGCCUGAGCCUUAUGUUGGACGGCUGUGGUAGCCCAAUUAUAUACAAUCAUUAGACAUACUAAUUCGAUAAAUAUGUAAAAUAUAAGGUACGUUAAUAUAAUUGAUGCAUUUUCCCGUGCCUGUGGAAAAACAGUGGAAAAGACUAAGGAACAGAGAGACCUCUAAUUUGAAUCGACAUUCGAUUUUCUUAGGACACAUAUUAUUAUAGUAUGUUUAUACAUAAAGUAAGGGAAGUUUGAGUUCUGUCAAGGAAGAUUCAACUAAAAUGCUUGUUAAAAAUAAAAAUACUGUAUACAUGUAGUAUGCAAUAACCCAAGGUUCAUGAACCUUAAAAUUUGUGUCGCAUGUUACUCGUUAAUUUGUUGGUAAUUGCUAUAUUAGUAUAAGAUUUAAAAUUUAUUAUAAUUCAAUAUUUAUGAUACUUAUUAAUCAUGAUAGACUUUAUUAUAUGUUAUCAACCAAAUUUAUGCCUAUAAAGUGCUGGACUAGGUAUAUUCCUAAGAAGAAAAUUCGGUAUGGAUCAUAUAUAAUUUCUUCUGCUUAUUGGACGAUAGACAAACAGAUUCUAUUUAUUAUAUGGUUGACAUUUUUGCCAAGGCUAAAUUAUUUGCGAUUUUUUUAGUAUUGCUUUAUUUUCUUUAAGUUGUAAAAAUUGCUUAUUUAAAAUAAAAACCAAAAAAACACAAUAUUCUUGUGCUUUAAAUAGGUACCUACCUACAUAAUAAAUUUUUCUUAUAUAAAAUAUUACAAAAUAUCCUUAAAAUUUAUAUUAUCUAGAGUGGUUUGCUUUGCAUGCUUUUGCGAGUUUUAUAUACUUAACGAUAUUAUAUUAUAUUAUAGCCUUAGUAAGUAAAACUUAUAACAAAAUAUUAUAUAUAAUUAACUAAUUUAUAAAGACAUUGCGUUUUUUGGUUAAAUUGUAAUUAUAAUACACUUCUAAAUUUUUACUUGGUUCAUGUUCGUGUCGUUGGUAAUUUUCGAUACUUAUCACUUUGCGUGUGAAUAAUAGGUAAGCGAGCAAUGGCUGUUUAACUCUAAUUAAAUAAUUACGCUUUAAAAGUAAAGAUUGGUAGAUUUUUAUAUUGAUCGCCCCAAUUCUUAUACACCAUUAUGGAUUGUUUAAUAACACGUUUGUUGCGGUUUACUAAAAUAAUAUAUUCUAUAACGUUAAUAUGUGUAACCGUUUUAAAUUUAUUUUAUUUAUGUUUUGAGUGAUAAAAUUAAAUGAUAACUUGUAGUGUAUAAUAAUAUUAUUAUGAUCGCGUGGUAGCUUUUGUAUGUUGUUCAGAUUCGAACUGCAAGUAUACGAUAUCUGAAAGGUUCUUAAGGAUGCAAUUAUAUUAUUUUAUUGUACUAAAAUGUUAUCACUUCGCA